CACUCUUUUCUCGUUUUGGGAAACUAAGGUAACGAGAGGAAUUCAAAUGUUGCUUUGCGAUCAUGAGUUUUGGAAUGAUUUUCUAAAAAUUUCAGUUUUUAACGUAAAAGUUGGUGAAUUUUGGAACUCAAAACGUACAAAGUUUAUUCAAAAUCAUUAUAGCUGAGAUCAGUUUGCCAAAAUUUAAGUUUUUGCCGAAAAAGCAAGUGAAUUUACAAAAAAAGGCAUGGAAAAAGACAAAAAUUCGUCUCCGACCACCAAAUUUGAGAUUUUUUCCCAAAAUGUCAGAUUACAUCGAAAAAAUGGCUUAAAAAACCGCAAAGUUUGUUCAAAAUCACGAAAUUUGUGAUCGCUUUCCCAAAAUUUCAAUGGUCGUCAAAAAAGCAAGUGAAUUUGCAAAAAAUGCAUCCGAAAACACGAAAAUUCGUCUUCGACCAAAAAAUUUGAGAUUUUUUCCCAAAAUGUCAUUUUAAAUGGAAAAAGUGAGUGAAUUUUCGAAAUCAUGUAAAUCGACGAGAAAAACAAGAAUAAUGGGAAAGAACGGGAUGAAAUAUCUUGGAAGAAAAAAAUUCGCUUGACCUAUAGAAGGCUCGAGGCAGUUGUCUUUAGCAAAGGCAUACUUUGUCGACUAAAUACAUAAAGUACUUUCACUCUCGUUACGUAUAUGGAAUAAAUGGGAAUAAACUUAUAUCUAUAUAGAUAAAGAAAAUUGUGUAUAUAGGAUAGAAAGUGAUUGUAUGUACGUAGGAAAGACCAUGGCGAGUGCAACGUGACUGAAGUGAUCACGUGACCAACGUGACCAAUCGUAAUCGGUCUCGGAGUCGCGGGUCACGUUGCAAUCGGUGUGGUUCUCGGCUGGUCUUCCCCUCGCGUCUCUGUCCUCUUAUGCACACGAGCCUCCUCUCACUGUCAUUAGCUUUUCCACCUCGAACAACGUGGAUUUUACAAUUCCCUGGUGCGACUAAAUUUUUGUUAACUUCGGGCUGGAGUGUGAAAAAUUAAAAUUUAUUUAUUUGGCGACUUGCCAAUUUGCCAAUGUUUUUUUUCGACCCACCUUCGGGGGCUCGGUUUUGUCGACGGUUUAUUGGCUCAUCAGGUGGAAGAACGAAGGCUUAAAUCUCCUGAGAGCUCGCCAGUUCGCACGUGAAAAUAUUAUUUUUUUUAUUUUCUCUUAAAUUUUUCGAUUCCCUCGAUUUUUCAGGCACUUUUUACUCGUGACGUUUCAACCAAAAGGACUAUUUUUUCAACUCACUUUUUUUCAUUCAAAUUUCAUUCAGUGACAGAUUUUUUCUGCUACCGACAAUUCCUCAUUUUCAACACUUUUUCUUCGUCUUUUUUUUUCAUUCGUCAGUUUUCACGAUCAACGUAAACAACGAGUGGUGCGCAAGUCCAGGGAUUUGUUCGAAUUGGAACGAUCUUGAAAUAAGAGGAGAAAGAGUUAAGUGGAUCAGCUCAAAAAUUUCAGUUUUUGGAAUGGAUUUCCACUCCGGGGCUACGAAGAAUAUAUUAAAAUGAUGCCCAGCUCGAUUCGAGUCGUAAAAAAUGCGUAAAAAGGAGGCACCAAACUAGAGCAGCCCUCGAGGAACCAUUAAAAUUGAGGAAAAGCCUCAAAUUAAAGGGAGCAUGAUAGCGUCGUCACGAGAGCAAUAAAAAUAUCGUACGAGUCGAAAUAAAAAUAUGACCGGUGCAAAUGGACGUGACGAACGUGUGCCAAACCGUAAUGCACCCUCCGGGGCUUCCGGCAAGCACACGGUGCACUGGUUUCGCAAAGGUUUACGACUCCACGACAAUCCAGCCCUGGAAGAAGGCCUCAUUGGUGCCACCACUUUCAGAUGUGUUUUCGUCAUCGACCCUUGGUCAGCCGGCAGCAAAAGUGUCGGUAUCAACAAGUGGAGAUUUUUGCUGCAAUGCUUGGAGGAUCUUGACAAAUCCUUGCGGAAAUUAAACUCGAGGCUUUUCGUAAUUCGUGGCCAGCCUGCGGACGCUUUGCCAAAGCUCUUUAAGGAGUGGGGCACAACGAAUCUGACGUUCGAGGAAGAUCCUGAGCCGUUUGGGCGGGCUCGCGACUUUAAUAUAUCGACGCUUUGCACGGAGCUCGGAAUUUCAGUGGUUCAAAAAGUCUCUCACACUCUGUACAAACUGGACGAAAUACUCGAGAAAAACGGCGGCACUGCCCCCUUAACUUAUCACCAAUUCCAAAAUAUCGUCGCCAGCAUGGACCCCCCACAAUUACCUGCGCCAACCGUCACUCAAGCGACCAUAGGAAACGCUUAUACACCGUUGCGCGAUGAUCACGACGAUGUUUAUGGCGUGCCAACUCUCGACGAGCUGGGCUUCGAUACUUACGGUUUGCAGCCACCAGUUUGGGUGGGUGGGGAAAGUGAAGCUCUGGCACGUCUGGAACGUCAUCUCGAGAGGAAGGCAUGGGUCGCCAGUUUUGGCAGACCGAAAAUGACGCCCCAAUCAUUAUUGCCAAGUCAGACGAGCCUCUCGGCCUAUCUGCGCUUCGGCUGUCUCAGCACAAGACUCUUCUACUAUCAAUUACGUGAUCUUUACAAAAAAAUAAAAAAAGCGAGUCCACCGCUCUCGUUGCACGGUCAGUUACUAUGGCGCGAAUUUUUUUACUGCGCAGCCACGAAAAAUCCAAACUUCGAUCGAAUGGAGGGAAAUCCAAUUUGCUUGCAAAUACCCUGGGACAAAAAUCGGGAGGCGCUUACAAAAUGGGCAAAUGGCCAAACGGGCUUUCCAUGGAUCGAUGCUAUUAUGACUCAGCUGAGGGAGGAGGGAUGGAUCCACCAUUUGGCGAGACACGCUGUCGCUUGUUUCUUGACCAGGGGUGACCUAUGGAUCUCCUGGGAGGAGGGCAUGAAGGUCUUUGACGAGCUUCUGCUCGAUGCUGAUUGGUCGGUGAACGCAGGAAUGUGGAUGUGGCUCUCGUGCAGCUCGUUUUUUCAGCAAUUUUUUCACUGCUACUGUCCAGUCAGGUUCGGCAGGAAGGCCGAUCCGAAUGGAGAUUACAUCAGGCGCUAUUUGCCCGUUUUGAAAAACUUCCCAACGAGAUUCAUACACGAGCCAUGGAAGGCGCCGCUCAAUGUGCAGCGUGCAUCGAAAUGCAUCGUGGGAAGUGAUUACUCGUUGCCAAUGGUGAAUCACAGCAAAAGUUCGCACGCGAAUAUCGAAAGAAUGAAACAAGUUUAUCAGCAGCUCAGCAAAUACACUGGCAACGGAACUGUGCCCACUGGCGAAACUGUUGGUUUGCUGAGAAUCAUACGACAAACAGCGAAAUUGCCAAGCGAGCAGGAGGCAAACCGAGCGCAACAAGCGUCGUUGAUCCCGACGAGUGAGAUUCCGAAAAUGGACAUGUCACUAAUUAUGCCGAGUCAGGAGCAGCAUCAGCAACAGCAUCAAUGACAAGAAAGCUGGGGGAAAAAAAUGAUGAAAAAAAUGAGCGUUUCGAAAGGUCAAAAAAGCUGUUUAAAGUUCGACGACAAUUUAUCGAGGAGUUUGUCGAGUUUCGCAUUUUCUUACGUCGCUAUUUUUACGAGCAUUUUUGCUAUUAAAAAGAAAAAAAUUUUCCUUAUUUUGUUAGUGUCACGAAGUUCCUGGAAGAAUGAAACUCCAAGUGGCUGGAAUUGACAGUUGAGAGCGAGAGCGAGUACAAUUUCCGAGAGUACAAUUGAACGUAGAAAAAUAUAUGUAACUGCAAUGAAUUUUGAGUAGGAAAAAAUUUGCAAAUUUUCAAUCAACGAAAAAAAAAGGAAAGCGUAUGAACUAUUUUUUUACAGCUCGCAACGCUGAGCCUCGAAGGUUCUGAAGCGAAGAUAGAAUAACAUUAAACUAUAAAAAAAUUCAUUAAUUUAACCCAGCCGCAAUUGCUUGUGGCUAAAGAAUCGAAAAUUGUUUUUGUGCAAAUCUCCCAAGUUUGUGGGUAGAAUAAAACGGUAAAAGUAGUUUUAAUAAGAAAAA